CUCCUUCCACAGUGUCUUUGGACCAGGGUGCCACACGCUUCUUUGCUGCACUGCGUACUGUCGCAGUGCCGGAUGCUGGCAAUCUGCUCACUGUGGGCAGUGGCGACGUGUCUUUCCUACUUCACAACCCAAACUACCAGCUGUAUGUUCGGAAGUGCUAUCCGGACCUCUUCUAUGCCCUCUACGAGUCGACAAGCAAGAAGCAUGUCGUUACCGGGACGCCUGGGAUUGGAAAGAGCUACUUCUUUUACUACAUGCUGUUGCGGCUGCUGCACAGCCCAUCGCCACCGCCCUUCAUCCUUUGGGAGCACUACGGAUUUCCUGGUGUAGUGUGGUGCUACAUGCAUGAGACAGGCCAGGUCCAGUAUUCCAGCAAUGGCCGUGUGGCUUUCUUGGAGGCGUUCCGCAAUCCCGAGACCUGGUGGGUUCUAGCUGCACAGUGCAGCACACUGAUAGUGUGCUACAGGGUGCCAUACAUACAUACCCCCGUCCAGGACAUCCAGGACAUCCCAGCCAUUUCCUUUGGCCUUGCUUUUGGUAGGGGAAUGCAUUCCAUGGCUAACGAAAGGGGCUACUACCACUGCAUCAAUAAGGACAGUAGCUCGCACACAGUAGCUCAACAAAACAUGAAGAUCGUGGCCAUAGGUCCAAGGUGUCCACAAAGCUGUCCCUUCACCCAGCACAACAAUUGUUGCGGUCUUAGUACAUGUGCAUGA